CAGCACGCAUGUCUGUGUCUGUCUAGUCAAGUGGUCACACUUUGUUCAAACAGCAUAAGCCGCAACUAGACACUCUCUCUCUCUGCAGAAUUUGUGUGCGUUUCGACAGCGUUAAUAGCGUCCAACGUCGUCGUUUUCAUCUAGGGUAUUCGAAGAAGAUGACUACUACCAUGGAGAGCUUGAUUGGGUUGGUGAACCGAAUUCAGAGGGCUUGCACUGUGCUUGGUGACCAUGGAGCUGCUGCCGAUGGCAACUCCUUCUCUUCUCUCUGGGAAGCUCUCCCUACUGUUGCUGUUGUUGGUGGCCAGAGUUCAGGGAAGUCUUCAGUUUUGGAGAGCAUUGUUGGCCGUGACUUUCUGCCUAGAGGCUCAGGGAUUGUGACAAGGCGUCCAUUGGUGUUGCAGUUGCAUAAGCUGGAAACUGGGUCACAAGAGUAUGCAGAGUUUCUUCAUAUGCCAAGGAGAAAGUUCACUGAUUUUUCCUUGGUCCGCCAGGAAAUUCAGGAUGAAACUGAUAGAGUAACAGGGAAGACAAAACAAAUAUCUCCUAUUCCAAUUCAUCUUAGCAUCUAUUCUCCAAAUGUUGUCAACCUAACCUUGGUUGAUUUACCGGGGCUAACUAAAGUUGCUGUAGAGGGACAGCCUGAGAGUAUUGUUCAAGAAAUUGAAACUAUGGUUCGCACUUAUGUUGAGAAGCCUAAUAGUAUCAUACUGGCAAUAUCCCCGGCCAACCAAGACAUAGCAACUUCUGAUGCUAUUAAACUUGCUAGGGAAGUUGAUCCCACAGGUGAAAGGACAUUUGGGGUGUUGACAAAGCUAGAUUUGAUGGACAAAGGAACUAAUGCUUUGGAUGUCCUUGAAGGAAGGUCUUAUCGGCUGCAACAUCCUUGGGUUGGUAUAGUAAAUCGAUCUCAGGCGGACAUCAAUAAAAAUGUUGAUAUGAUUAUUGCUAGACGCAAGGAGCGCGAGUAUUUUGCAAAUAGUCCUGAUUAUGGGCACUUGGCCAAUAAAAUGGGUUCAGAAUACCUUGCAAAACUUCUCUCACAGCACUUGGAGUCAGUAAUUAGGGCAAGGAUACCUAGUAUAACAUCUUUAAUAAACAAAAGCCUUGAGGAACUGGAAUCAGAGAUGGAUCAUCUUGGGAGGCCUAUUGCUCUUGAUGCCGGGGCUCAACUAUACACCAUUCUAGAACUUUGCCGAGCAUUUGAACGGAUAUUCAAGGAGCAUUUAGAUGGAGGGCGGCCAGGAGGAGAUAGGAUAUAUCAUGUCUUUGACAAUCAGCUUCCUGCUGCUUUACGAAAGCUUCCAUUUGACCGACAUCUUUCUCUCCAGAAUGUAAGGAAAGUGGUCUCAGAGGCUGAUGGUUAUCAGCCUCACUUGAUUGCCCCAGAGCAAGGUUACCGGCGCCUGAUUGACUCGGCUCUCAGUUACUUUAGAGGCCCAGCUGAAGCUUCAGUAGAUGCUGUUAAUUUUGUGUUAAAAGAACUUGUGAGGAAAUCAAUAGCUGAAACUAAGGAACUCAAGCGCUUCCCAACUUUUCAAGCUGCACUAGCUACAGCCGCAAAUGAGGCUUUAGAAAGGUUUCGUGAAGAGAGUAAGAAGACAACUCUCCGGCUUGUAGAUAUGGAAUCUUCGUAUCUCACUGUGGAUUUCUUCCGGAGACUUCCUCAGGAAGUGGAAAAAGCUGGAGGUCCUGCUACCCCAAAUGUUGACCGAUAUGCAGAGGGGCAUUUCAGAAGAAUUGCAUCAAAUGUUUCUUCCUAUAUAGGGUUGGUGGCAGACACGCUUAGGAACACAAUACCGAAGGCUGUGGUUUUCUGUCAGGUCAGACAAGCUAAACAGUCUUUGCUAAACCAUUUCUACACACAAAUAGGGAAGAAAGAGGGCAAACAGCUAUCAGAAAUGUUAGAUGAAGACCCUGCAUUAAUGGAGAGGAGGCAACAGUGUGCAAAAAGGCUUGAACUAUAUAAAGCAGCAAGGGAUGAAAUUGAUUCUGUUUCUUGGGUACGAUGAGCUUGGGUCUUCCUCACCUUGUACUGCACUGUAAAACUGGUAGCAACCAAUUAUGAAGUUGGCUGGACCCAGAAUCCGAGAUGUAGUUUACAUAUUUUAUUUAGUAGUAUUGUUUUAUUUUUAUCGGAAUUUUAUGCCUUUUCAUUGAUUGUAGGAUAACAUUGGAGUUGUUUGUGUGAAUGUGUGUUGUACAUCCUUACGGACCCCUAACUUCAUUGCCAAUAUGUAAAAUAAGUUUGCAUAUUUACUCUUUAA